AUGUCUCGCAAUCUCUCUUUCUAUGGGUCAAAGUCAACUAUCGAAGAAGCUAUAAAUAACCAAAACGACGUCGCGUUGUUCCUUUCGAAGCUUCUCUUCUCCACCAAAGCCAAACACUCCAACUCCGUUUUCUCGCCGGCGUCGGUAACCGCCGCCCUCACUUUGGUGGCCUCUGGUCCCGACGAUCCUUCAAUCUCCAAAGAGAUCCUCUCCUUCCUGAACUCUUCUUCAGUCGACGACCUCAACGCCGUCUUCAGCGAGAUCGCUUCCGUCGUCCUUGCCGACCGUAGCGCGAACGGCGGUCCAAAGAUCUCCUCCGUCAAUGGCGUCUGGAUCGAGCAAUCGCUACGGAUCGAUUCAUCGUUCAAGGAUCUCUUCGUGAACUUCUUCAAGGCUAGCUUCGAUCGCGUCGAUUUCCGAUCAAAGGCUGAAGAAGUGCGUGUGGAAUUGAAUACAUGGGCAUCGAAUCACACGAAUGGUCUCAUCAGAGAUCUUCUUCCUCCUGGAUCCAUCACAAAAUCAACCGAUUUGGUUUACGGGAACGCAUUGUACUUCAAAGGAGAAUGGGAAGUUCCAUUCGACAAGUCUCAUACGAGAAACGAAAAGUUUCACCUUGUCAAUGGAGGCUCAGUGUCAGUACCAUUCAUGAGCAGCGUCAAGAAACUAUACGUAGAGGCUUACGAUGGUUUCAAGGUCCUCAAGCUACCUUAUCGACAAGGCAGUUGUGGUGAUGAAGAAGAUACCAAUGGCGGCUUCUAG